UGCUUCUUUCUUUUUUUUUUAAGGAAGGGGUAGAUAAGUCCCUAUUUCCUCUACUUAUGGCUCUAACCUAUAGCCUACCUAGUUUCUUGUUAAUUUGAUAAUGUAUCUAGAAUUUGCCUUCCUAGGAGCUGGCUCCAUCAUUCAGUUUUACUUGAUGGACUAUAAACUUUCCCCCCACUCUUACUUUUGCCAUUACUUACCCACCUAAGGCCUCAGUUGGUAGAGUGGGGAUGAAUGUGGAGGAAGGGGGCAUACCGGGCAUAGGGCGCCCGAGCCAGGCCCGAUGGGUGCUUAUGCUCCUCUUGUCCACAACCAUGUAUGGUGCCCAUGCCCCACUGCUGGCCUUGUGUCGAAUAGAUGGCCAUGUCCCCUUCCGUCCCUCUUCAGCUGUGCUUUGGACCGAACUGACCAAAUUACUGCUAUCUGCAUUCUCUUUGAUGGCCAGGAGGCAGCCAAGACUAUGGGACACUCUGCCUUGGCGCCAGGCUGCCCCUUUUGCACUUUCUGCACUGCUCUAUGGUGCCAACAACAACCUCGUCAUUCACCUGCAGCGGUACAUGGACCCAAGCACCUACCAAGUGAUGAGCAACCUCAAAAUUGGCAGCACAGCUCUCCUUUACUGCCUCUGCCUGAAUCGCCGUCUUUCUGCCAGGCAGGGGCUGGCACUUCUGCUACUGACUGGUGCUGGAGCCUGCUAUGCUGCUGCAGGCCUCCAGGAUCCGCAGGGCCUCCUCCCACCAUCCCCAGCAGCAGCCAUGCCCCUCCAUGUGACUCCCCUGGGUCUGUUGCUGCUCUUGCUUUACUGCCUCAUCUCUGGCCUCUCCUCAGUCUACACUGAGCUGCUCAUGAAGAGGCAGCGUCUGCCCUUGGCUUUGCAGAACCUGUUUUUGUACUCCUUUGGGGUACUUAUGAACUUGGGGCUCUAUGUGGGAGGUGGGCCAGGCCCUGGGCUCCUAGAGGGUUUCUCAGCCUGGGCAGGGCUGGUGGUUCUGAGUCAGGCCCUUAAUGGAUUGCUUAUGUCAGCCAUCAUGAAGCAUGGGAGCAGUAUCACCCGUCUCUUUGUCGUCUCCUCUUCACUGAUUGUCAAUGCUGUGCUCUCAGCCACCCUGCUUCACCUCCAGCUCACGGCUGCCUUCUUCUUGGCUCUCCUGCUUAUUGGUCUGGCUGUACAUCUCUACUAUGGAGGCCGGUAGAGCCAGAGGACCUGCCCUCUGGAGCCAUUUUGCUCUCCAGUGCUAUUAAUGCUGGCUUGGUGUUGCUUCAGUCAACAUUGUCCUUUCUAGUGACCAAGGACUCACCUCUUGGAGAAGGUGCUUUUCUUCUUCCUUGAACAGAGAUGGAAGGUCCAUCAAGGAUGUUGGAGGUUUUCCUUAGGGGUAGUUCUAGACUGCCCUUUUCACUGAUCUUAACCUCUUUCUAGCCUAUCUGCUGCCCCACCUAAAUCAUUACACCUCUUCUUUCCCAAGCCUAGUAGCUUCAGCCUAUUUCCUCAUACUGUUCCCAGCCAGAAUCCCUGAUAGAAGUGCCUUUGAGAGGAGAGAGCUGCAAUCAGGCCCAGGGAAGCCCCUGGUAGAAGUUGAGGGGAACCCAUGGAGGCCUGAAGCAGAAUUGAGUUUUUGCCAAGGAAACACAAUUGUUAGCUCAAGUUUGUCCCCUAAGUUCUGACAUUACCCUUCUGUUCCCAUCAUUGUGUAUUGGGGAAAUGGAUCCUGCUUCUAUCAACUACUGCCUGGAAGGUCUGAGACCUAGCUGUUUUUCUGCUGUCAUCCCUGACUUCUGAUCAUUGAGCCACCUCUCUUUUCCACUCCAUCCCUCCUGCCAUGAUAAUUUAAACUCUGACCUGGAUUGCUAAGAUGUGGUCUCUGGAAACUAGUCUGAGUAGAAGGCAGAGAGAGCCUUUUCCUAUAUUGAGUGCUGAGGCUCUUCCUUGUCCUCAUAGGUAAUGCUUGCUUGUCCAGUAUGUUUUUUUUCUAGCCUAUUAACUGGCUUAUUCUAAGUCUGUUUCCUCUUUAUUCUCUCAGCCCCCAUAGCAGUGCACCAAAAAGCCAAAAUGUUGUAAACAACUUUGACCUCCUCCUGUGCCCCAUCUCAAAUUUUCCAGGAAGGUUCUGUCAGUACUAGGGUCCAUGUUGUCUGGCAGUGUUACCAGCCUCCCCUCUACCCCAACCUUACCCAUUCCCUUCCAGCUCUAGCACUUCAUAGGAGAAAUUCAACUGCUCCCCUCCUUGUUGCUACUCUUUCAGAGUCAAGACUGAGUCUCCUUAAUUGAACUAGGGCUGAGCCUUCACAGGUUCACAAGGAAUGCUAAUGCCCUCCUCUCUUAUGGCCUCCACCUUUUUGAUACAGUUUGGAGAGUUCUCAUCAGCUCUGUUGCUCCUCUACACUCCUUCUGGACUCUGCUUCUGCCAGAAAAUAUUCUGUUCUUAGAGUCUCAGUCUGGCCACAUUUUCUGAGAUAUACCCUUAACUUCCUAAUAAGAAGGAGACUCCUUUACAGGGGUAACUUAGACUAGGGCAUGUGGGAUUUUUCCGUAGGUCAAUCAGUGUUUCCUUAACUGCAUAAGCAAUAAGGUCUCAAUAAAGUGUUUCUGGAAGUAGGGAUUUCCCUACCACCUUC